GAGUUCUGACAGUCAAGAAAAUCUUUGUUUCCUAGACCUGUGUCCCUGCCACAGAGCCUCACAGGAUUUGUCACGUGCUGUGUGCCUGCUACUGCUGAGUCUCUCUUCUAGAAGGUAGAGGAGAAGUGGCCAGGAUGGCGACCGAGAUCACCACUCGGGGUAGCCAGCGUGCCAUUGGACAGGAGGAAUACAGUUUGUACAGCAGCCUGAGUGAGGAGGAGCUGCUCCAGAUGGCCAUUGAGCAGAGCCUGGCAGAUAAGACUCGAGGCCCAACCCCUGCUGAGACCACUGUGUCCCCUCAGACCGGCCCCCAGCCAGGCCAUUUCCACCCAUGGACCAGGUCGUCGCCUCCUGAGAGCCCACCGUCCCACGCACCCCUGGGCUUGUUCCAAGGGGUCAUGCAGAAGUAUAGCAGCAGCCUGUUCAAGACCUCCCAGAUGGCGGCUAUGGAUCCCGUGCUGAAGGCCAUCAAGGAAGGGGAUGAAGAAGCCUUGAAGGUCAUGAUCAAGGACGGGAAGAAUCUGGCAGAGCCCAACAAGGAGGGCUGGCUGCCGCUGCACGAGGCAGCCUACUACGGCCAGCUGGGCUGCCUGAAGAUCCUGCAGAAAGCCUACCCCGGGGCCAUUGACCAGCGCACACUGCAGGAGGAGACAGCACUGUAUCUGGCCACGUGCAGGGAGCACCUGGACUGCCUCCUGAUGCUGCUCCAGGCGGGGGCAGAGCCCGACAUUUCUAACAAGUCCAGGGAGACUCCACUCUACAAAGCCUGUGAGCGGAAGAAUGCAGAGGCAGUGAGGAUAUUGGUUCAAUACAACGCAGACACCAACCACCGCUGCAACCGGGGCUGGACUGCGUUGCAUGAAUCUGUCUCCCGCAAUGACCUAGAGGCCAUGGAGAUCCUGGUGAGCGGUGGGGCCAAGGUGGAGGCCAAGAAUGUCUACAGCAUCACUCCUUUGUUUGUGGCUGCCCAGAGUGGGCAGCUGGAGGCCCUGAGGUUCCUGGCCAAACAUGGAGCAGACAUCAACACGCAGGCCAGUGACAGCGCAUCGGCCCUCUAUGAGGCCUGCAAGAAUGAGCACGAAGACGUGGUAGAGUUUCUUCUCUCGCAGGGCGCUGACGCCAACAAAGCCAACAAGGAUGGCCUGCUUCCCCUGCAUAUUGCCUCCAAGAAGGGCAACUACAGGAUUGUGCAGAUGCUGCUGCCCGUGACCAGUCGCACGCGAGUGCGCCGCAGCGGCAUUAGCCCGCUGCACCUGGCGGCCGAGCGCAACCACGACGCUGUACUGGAGGUGCUGCUGGCCGCGCGCUUCGACGUGAACGCGCCUCUGGCGCCCGAGCGCUCGCGCCUCUACGAGGACCGCCGGAGUUCUGCUCUCUACUUCGCCGUGGUCAACAACAACGUGUACGCAACUGAGCUGCUGCUGCUGGCGGGUGCUGACCCCAACUGCGACAUCAUCAGCCCCCUGCUCGUGGCCAUCCGCCACGGCUGCCUGCGCACCAUGCAGCUGCUGUUGGACCACGGCGCCAACAUCGACGCCUACAUCGCCACGCACCCCACCACCUUCCCCGCCACCAUCAUGUUUGCUAUAAAGUGCCUUUCGUUGCUCAAAUUCCUCAUGGACCUCGGCUGUGAUGGCGAGUCCUGUUUCUCCUGCAUGUACGGCAACGGGCCGCACCCGCCUCCCCAACGACUCGGCACCUUCCAUCCAGUGGACGACAAGGCACCCAGUGUGGUGCAGUUCUGCGAGCUCCUGUCGGCCCCGGAAGUGAGCCGCUGGGCAGGACCCAUCAUCGACGUGCUUCUGGACUACGUAGGCAAUGUACAGCUGUGCUCCCGGCUGAAGGAGCACAUUGACAGCUUUGAGGACUGGGCCGUCAUCAAGGAGAAGGCAGAACCUCCAAGACCUCUGGCUCACCUCUGUCGGCUGCAGGUUCGAAAGGCCAUAGGAAAAUACCGGAUAAAACUGCUGGACACACUGCCGCUCCCAGGCCGGCUAAUCAGAUACCUGAAAUACGAAAACACGCAGUAACCAGCCAGCGAGGAAAUGACUGUUUUCGUGACACCUCAGGCGGUCGGCAUCCAGACGCACCUGGGGUCAGAACGAGGCUGCCGAGUGUGCUCUUGGGUCUCUGUACGAGCUUCGCCCAAAGUGAGAGUCCAUGUGUGGAGUAGGCGAGGAACCUCCAGUUUCAAACUGUGAAUGACUCACAGACCUGCCUGUCUGCCAUUUGGCAUUGCCAGAGACCUUUGACCUGGGGUCAGGGCAGAGCUGGUCUGGGAAAGGUGGUCCUGGCAGGAAUCCUGGCCUUCAGCUGGAGAACUCUAGGAAUGAGUUCAUCUGCCUGGAAUUACCUGGUCUGGCUGUAAGUCCCUCACUGGACUCUGAGCUUUCAGGCUGGGGGUGGAGGUGGGGGUGGGAAACCCUCAGUCUGAGUGCUUCAUUGUGUACAAUAAACGUUGCGUACUACUUUU